AGAGAGAGAGAGAGAGAGAGAGAGAGAGAGAGAGAGUGCUGGGGGGUGAGGAGGGGGUUUGUGUGUCAGACGGUAUUCCUGCUCGUCUCGCUCCACCGGUCAAGUUAAAUCAGAGGCAGUCUCUGGCACACCUCGGUGGUCUCUCUAUCUCCCUGCCUGUCUCCUGCUCUGAAAGCAUCAACAGCCUCCUGGUUCAGUAUCACAGGACUCGCUGAGGCCCUCGCCCAAGGCCUGUAUCAGUCACUGCAGACGCACCCUGCCGACAGGGCCCCCUGUUUAAAAGUCCUAGGAUCUGGCACUAAAAGGGGAAAAUGCAGAAUCUAACGGCAGGAGCGACAGACCGGAUAGCGCUGACAUGUGGCAUGUCUGGAAGCCAUGAAUUCAUCUUCACUCUGGUGCCCAUCGUCUACGGCUGCAACUUUGUCAUCGGCAUUGUCGGAAACAGCAUGGUGGUGGCUGUCACCUACUGCUACAUGAAGCUCAAGACGGUGGCCAACAUUUUUGUCCUAAAUCUCGCCAUCUCUGACCUCACUUUCCUCAUCACUCUGCCCAUGUGGGCGACCUUCACUGCCACGGGGUAUCAUUGGCCCUUUGGAGGAUUCCUAUGCAAGGCCAGUGCAGGCCUGGCGAUUUUUAACCUCUACACCAGCAUCUUCUUCCUCACGGCACUCAGCAUUGACCGUUACCUGGCCAUUGUGCACCCGAUGCGAUCACGCCGGUUUCGCACCGUGAUGUACGCAAACAUCACCUGUGUCGUGAUUUGGCUUUUUGCCUUCGUGCUCAGUGUCCCCACAGCGCUCAUCAGGGACGUACACAACAUCGAAGACUCUAACAACACACUGUGUGCCAUCCUGCACCCGAGUGAAAAAAACGUUGUGAGGUUGAAGGAGCUCCUCCUGGCCAUUAACAUUAUGAAAAGCCUGCUUGGCUUCCUCGUGCCCUUUGUCAUCAUCAUCACCUGUUAUUGCCUGAUUGGACGAACGCUGCUGGCCACGAAACACAUACAGAAAAGCUCCCGUUCCCGGGACGACGAGGUACUGCGCAUGCUCGCAGCAGCCGUCCUGGCCUUCUUCUUGUGCUGGAUGCCCCAUCAGGUGUUCCACUUCAUGCAGGUGCUCUCCCAGCUGACACUGGUGGAGAACUGCACCAUCCUGGAAAUCAUUGACACCGCCAUGCCCUUCACCAUCUGCAUCGCCUACUUCAACAGCUGCGUGAACCCUAUCGUGUACGGCUUCGUGGGGCGAAACUUUCGCAAAAACUUACUGCGUCUGCUGCGCUGCUCGCCAGGUGGAGCCACUGGGCCUCACCCGAGCAUCAGCUCCAAGAUGAGUGCGCUCUCUUUUCGUGCCUCCGAGGCACUGAGCCUUACAGUCAAAAUGAAUUCCUCUUCAGAUGUUAAGUGAAAAAAAAUCCCCAAAAAACAAGAAACGGGUUAUAAUUUCACUCAUCCUUCUAUUUUGCUCUGUGGUUAAAGGGGCUGGAAAUGAAGUCAUUCCAUGCUUGUGAAACCACAACUGUAUUACCAAGCACUGAACCCUGCAGAACGGUUAAAAUGUUGUAUUCAUAAGACCAAAAAAACAUUCACUACCUUGUACAAGGCUUGUUUGCAGAAUAAUUAUUAACAAACCAUCACAUGCCACAUAACAUGCUGGAAAAUCUUUCCAUCCAAGCCUGUGAAAUAAAUACCUGUGUCAGAAAAUAAAAAUAAAAAAAAUCCACGAAAUAGCUUUAUUAAUGGAGUAUUGCCCUGCAGGAAAACACUACACAUAAUUACUGACCGCUUAUCCCAUUAUUUAUGUAAGAUGUGCAUAUUCUGCAGGAUUUUGUCGGCCUUAAUGAUACAGUGGAGUAAUAUAUCGUCCAGUGAUAAACAUUCUGUGUGCUCAGCGGGUCUUUCACCAGUUGGAACAGUGAUCAAGUGCUCAGCGAAGACGUCAAAGCUAAAAAAAAAAAAAAUCAUAAGCGGCCUACGCAUGCUCUGUCAGCAGCUGUAUACAUGGAAGAAUUGGAAAUGUGUAGCAACAUGUCAUUUAAAUUCAUAUCUGCAACAUAUCUGACUAUGGUAACUAGUAUGUGUAUGUUAUAUACAAUUGUCAAUCAUGUGCUCCUUGUGAAAAUGUAUAAUAUAUGUUUGCAUACUAAGAUCGAAGUCUGGGAGUGGCGUACUGUAAAAAUGAAGAGUGCGACACAAACACUCCGGGGUGGGGGGUCAUUGUCGAUGUUUCUGGUGGUUGUCUUUGUGGUAUUUAAACAUGUUGAUAGAUGUUUUUUUCUACUCUCUACGUGUACAUUUUGUGAAUAUAUGAAGAUAUGAAUAAAAUGAAGAAAUCCAGCUCAUUGUUUUAUCUCCUCUUACUCAGGAUUGAGACACAUCCGUCUGAUUAGUCACGAGAACAUGUCAUUAGUUACCGCCACAUUAAGAAACAACGCUUGAUCUGACGGCUAAAAUUAGCUUUUAGGAAUCAAAAUAAAGUGACCUUGGCUCAAA